CCAGUACGAACGGACACUACUAGCAUCAGGCCGCCGUCGCCGCUACCACCAUAUAACUCCUCUGAGUGAGGCAAAGGUUAGUAUAGAGUGGAAAGAGAAGGGGAAUCAGUCGAAAGGCACCAUCAGCAUCGGAUGCUAUCAUAACGUUAGCAGCCUUCCGCAGUUCAUACAGCAGCGGCGGCGGCGGCGACUGUAACCGUCCGUUGCAUUAGUUCUCGUCCUCCUCGGAAGCUGCAACGGUAACAUUAAACAUUCGUAGAAAAAAGAAGUGAAAAAGGAAAUUGCAACUGUCGUUUGUCGCACUUCUGCUACUAAAAGAAGCUGUGGUACAUUGCUUAAAAGCGUCUAAAGGCGUACGAAGGUUAGAAAGCAAACCUAGCAUCUGCAGGAGUUCAGCCGAUUGGCAUUGUGACAAGGCCGAGGACGGCAAAGACUACGACAAUUUGAAGUUUCAUUUUGUACCGUCGAACGAAACGUGUAGGACAGAUACUGUGCCUGUGAGAAAAGAGGACAGAGCCGACUACAGCUGGAGAGGAGCACUUUCGAGAACUGGUCUUUUAAACGUUCGGCUGCCUCCUGAUCACGAAAACAGACAAGGUAUUCCUGUGGGUACCCUGUAGCGGUGCUAUUAAUUGCUGAACGGCUAGCGAAUAAUUUCUACCAUCAGAAUACCCAUAGACGCGAGUUAACGCGAUAAACAGAGGACGAUGUCUCUGAGCAGGGCUUUCGUAAAGAGUCUAGCAUAAAAGACAUAUACCGACUUGAAGAAAAGUUAUUGAGCGACGCUUCUGUUUUCGGACUCUGUAUCUGCAAUUCAUUGGUUGAGCAGUCGGUCCUUCUACAAAGAUCCCUGUCUAUCUACUGUUUCUUCUUUACUUGAGAAGUAUUCGCGACUAUCAAUUGCUAUUUUGACAGUUUCUACUAGUUAGAACGAUUUUAUGAUGAAAUAUAGAUAGUUCUAUAAGUUGAUGUCGAAUUCGCAACGAAUUUUGCUGACCGGCAUAACUGUUGGCGACUUUGUAAUCAUUAUAUGAUGUUGUUGUUGCAGCAAUAGUCAGACUGAAAACGCGGUAACAUACUUCGCGCCGUUUCCUGCGUAGGUUGGCAAAAGUCGUCAACCUCUUCAUUGGUUUGUACAUCAAUUUGAUAACAGUCAGACAGAAGUGUUGAUUAAUAGGGUUUGAAGCAAUACAAGUGUCAAUUUUGCCAAGAUUGUGUCACGCUCACCAAGGACCUCGCGCGUUCAGUCUGUCCAGCAGAGACUUCGAGAACCCACGUUUGACGAGUAUAUUAGAUAGCUGGUGCAGUUCAGCCGAUAGAGGUAGAAUUAUUUCACACUUCGCCCGGGAUUUUGGUCGAAGGCUAACCUAUCGCUAGAACGAAGUGUGUAAAUUGGUUAAUGUGCAACACUUCAGGUGAACUUGUCACGGUUUUCAGAAGUGGGAAGAGGAAAGAGAUUUACAGCGUUGGAAUACCGGAAUCGGCGUGCCCUUGGCUAUUUUGCUUACUAGGUCGAGAAAAGCAUUGCGCGAUAAAAACAUACACCGAGAAUUGAGGAUCAAACAGUGAUUGAAAACGGGAAAACAAGCGAGUAUUUACCAGUUGGUUUCGUCUACCCAUCGCAUUGUGGCAUUGGCAUUGUGUGGUCUGUGCGUGUAUAUUUACAUGGCUGUGAUUAUCGACCCUGAGGCGUAAAGAAAACGGCCACAAAAAAAGAAUCAGAGCAGAGUCGUCGCAGUCGGCGCUGGCAGUGUCAUCGACAAUCGCCGCUGUGUUUGUCGCGUUGCAUUAAGCGGCGAUUCCGCGCAGGGAAAUUUUUUGGACUGCUGUGUAGGGACAACCAUGCUCGAAGAGUAGUGAUGAGUUCGAAGGCAACUUUGUCAAAUUAUUUUGGAAUCGGCGCACUGCGGACGAAUCGAUUGGAGACCUAUUACCAGAGCAAGAUCGCCUCUCACAUACCUGAAGUUGGACGGGGUAACCUCUAAAGCUUCAUUUGUGAACGCUUUUGAAGAUAUUCCGACCCUACGUAGCAGAUUGCAGAGCCAAAAAUUCGUCGAGUAUAAGAUACUACGCACUAUCUCUUUCUUUCCGUGUAAUUAGAUCUUCGUUUGCGCAACAUGAGCGAUGCAUGUAAGGGAACUAUCAGCAGGUCAUCAUGCUUAGGCCGCCUCUGGCCUAACACCGGAAUAUCACAAGAGCUCUGUACAUCUAGGAUCUGGAUUGAGGGCCGAUACGUGCUACGAGAUGAACAAUAUAUACAGCCGGUAGCCCGAUCCGAACCUCGAGAGAGAGCUUGGUUUUGCACGCUCCGUAUGUGUAUUAUCUAGCGGAUGUUCCAACUCGGACGUUUGCGCCGUUCUGUCCAUUGAAGCGUUGCCCCUCGAUACAAGCACAGCAAAUUCAGUCAUCAAUCAUGUCGAUGUCAAUAAUAGGCUCGCGGAACUUGAAGGAAGGGACUCUAUCGACAACUUACGAUUCAACUUAAGAGCCCUUAAUGUACAGUUUGAUACACUAGACAAGUUUCGAAAGGAGCAUCAAGUCCAUCGAUAUAUCGGCGUCUAUUUUCUUUGAUGGAUUCGUUUUUUACUACCGCCAUUGCUACCGUCGUGCCAUUUAAAAUCAGUACUACAACCCCAUAUCAGCCUCGCCCCAGACCUGCCGACGACGGGCGACGUCACUCGAGCAUUCCGUUCGUCGUACUUCCGGCUUCGGUUUAUAGUACAUUCGUUGAAAUGCCUUGUGCUAUAUAUAAAAAAUAUCCGAGGCUAUCGGAAUUAUGAGUGUAUGCCCCUUGCUCUUGUCUCGGCCAGAGUUGACUUCGAAAUGCUUUCGAAACUCGGUCUCACUGGCUGUCUGUCGGCGAAGUGUAAUUAUCGCUGGUUUCACACCUACGUGCCAGUGCAGUACGCGCAAGAAGUAGAAGAAACAAAGGGCUGGUGAAGAACUAGAAGAGCUCCGAUUCGCGGGACUAAUGAGUCGCCGUUCUGUAGCUGCCCGGUGUUCGGUCAUCCUCGAGACGAAAACUGAGUACGAACCGUGUCCCGGAUGUUUGACGGGUGUAUAUCGACAUCUACAUCGACUGUAGAAUUGGACGGGAGUGCGAGGACACGUUCGACGAUUUCUGAAGGGUUGCGAAAAGGAGUGCAUGGUCCUUGCAUCGGCAGAAGAAUCAACGCGACGACUCGGGGGCCUGGCUUCAGCUGGAUGUCCGCCCGCCGCCGUCACGGUCGAGGCAACGAGCUCAACGCCAAUCAACGCCAUUACGCUUAUCCGUGUCACCAGUGGCAUUAUUGCCGCCAGCGACUUUUACCAGUGAUCAGCACGUUAGGUACUUACUGUAAAAGUAGCGGAAGCUGCGGUGGCGCCAAACACAGCUUGAAGCUGAAACGGCUUACGUUGGAGUACGGAGUUCCGCCGAUGAGGUCCGCGCGAAUUGCCCGUUCAAAUAAAUUCGUCUUUCUGUUUUCACGAUUCGGAAUUGCCCGUUCGGAAUGCCACUUGUUAAAAAAGUACCUUAAGCGGGACAAUCGACCUAGCACUAGCAGCAAUCCAAAUCAACAGCAAACCCGAUUUUUCGAAGAAGCAACAAGGCCGAGUUUUAGCGGCGGCGGCAGCAGCAGCAGCAGCGGCAGCACAUCGAAUCUAUAUACAUCGAUUAAUUCGAUAAUAUGGCGAUAUGCGACGAAUCAAAUAGAGACCAUGCGAGUCGUGAAUUAGAACAAUUACUUUUAAACCGCGAUAAUAACAAAAGCUCGCCUCAAAACUCUCGCCAACAGCAAAAUGGUAGUUGCUCAAGUUCCUGCUCCUCGUUCCUUGCGCCACCGUCGGCUUCGAUUCCAGCAGCACCUACAGCAGUUGCGCUGGUGUCUCCGCAACUCCAAACCCCCGCCGAAUCGCAUUCUAGCCCGCACCACGACGGGAAGAGUAGACAAAAUCAGCAUCAGCAUCAUCAGCAGCAACAACAACAGCAGCAGCAGCAGCAGCAGCAGCACCCUCAUCACCGUCAGUAUCACGGUGGCAGCAGCAAUAGGAUGGACCCACCGUCGACACGGAGCCCGACAAAUACGCCCGGUCAUCGGCGUACACGAUACGACUCGGACAAUUCGUCGUCAUCGGGCGGUUUCUCUUCGUCAUCGGGAGCAGCGCGUCGCAAAACUCGUCGUCCGCCCCCCGAUGGCGGCUGGGGUUGGAUAGUCGUCCUAGCCUCGUUUGCUGUUAAUCUGAUCUCAGACGGCGUUUCGCUUUCGUUUGGGUUGUUCCUGCCAGAUUUGACAUCAUACUUCGCUGUGGGCAAAGGUCAUGCCGCUUGGGUAGCGAGUCUAUUCUUAUCCAUGCCGUUGUUGGCGGGCCCUGUUGCCUCGUGGCUAACUGAUCGCUACGGUUGUCGGCGGGUUUGCAUUGCCGGUUCAUUGCUCGCAGCACUUGGCUUCAUUUUUUCCUUUUUUUCUAAUUCAUUAGCGUUGCUAUACGUGACGUUCUCGCUGGCCGGUUUCGGGUUGGCGCUCUGCUACGUGACGUCGAUCGUGAUUGUGGCAUAUUACUUUGAGAAAAAGCGGUGUCUGGCUACCGGACUUUCGGUGUGUGGGACAGGAGUCGGCACAUUCAUCUUUGCCCCUCUAACGUAUUUGCUUGUCGAGGUAUUCAUGUGGCGAGGUACGCUGCUCAUAUUGGCUGGCUUCUUCCUUAACAUGGUCGUGUCGGGAGCUUUGAUGCGAGAUCUGGACGUUCAAGAUGGCGAAGAUGGAGACGAUGAGAACCAUCCAGGUCCGCGUAGCCCCUCACCUACUCGCUGGGGAUUCGCGGGUCACCUUGCAGGAGGCCGUCGGAUGUGCAGCUCCUUGCUACAGCUGCCUACAUACUUAUCGGAUGAGUCGCCAAGAUUACCGGAACAGGUGCUUACCGAAAUGUCAUCAAAGGAGAAGGGCCACCUGAGUACACUAUUAAAGAAAUACCCUAAUCUGUGGAAUGACGUGCUCAAGAACAAUCCGAAUGAUGAUCCCUACCUGACGGUCAAGUCUUCUCCAAUGAUCAAGACCAUCCUUGAAAACCGCACCCUCGAAGAGCUGCCGCCAUCAUCUCCAUCAGCUACACUGGAAUCAUCAUUGGCACGAAAUCCCCUAGAUCCGGAAAGGACGAUCACGUUUACUGACUGGUCCGGAUUAUCCCUGCUGACUUCACUAUUACCCUACUCGGGGGUAACUGACCAUACAGAAACACCGCUGUCACCCCGGCAGAUUGUUAAGCGCGAUGCUAAUAAUAGCUUAUCAGCCGGCGCCGAAAACCACGAUAAUUCUGUUCCUUUUCUACAAGACGUUCCUCCUGUUGGUGGCAAACGACAAGAGUCGAACAGUUACAAUAACAAAGAUCAACAUCAACACCAGCAACAAGCGAACAACAGCUGCAGUAGUGAGCAUGAGGCAUUCAACAAGAAGGACACCAUCGUGGCGCUCCAAGGAGCGAGCCUAAUCGACCGCAGUAGUAGCGCUGGUCGCUAUGGCUGCGAAGGCGGUAACGGAACCGCACGGAAUAGUUUAGCUUGCGCCACUGCGGCGAGCACCACAAAGAAAUCUUCAAGUUUGCGACAACACAGACAGGCGAGCUUCGGGCCUUUGUCCCUGCCAAGGGACCGGGCAAACUCGGCGGCCUAUCUGCGCAACUUGAGAUUGCAGCGGGGCUCGCUUACCUACCGGGGAGCCAUGCUCAAUAUUAAAAGAUACCGUCUCAAGGCUUCUAGCUGCCCGAAUAUCUACCGAAAUUCAAUGGCGACUAUCAACGAAAGCGAGUCUAGUCCCUGUGAAUUCUUCAAGGAUCUGAAAGACGUCGUAUGCGAUAUGAUGGAUGUCAGACUAUUAACGAAUUUCAAGUACGCACUAUUCUGCCUGUCAAACUUUCUCCUAAACGCUUGUGUGGACAAUCCGUAUGUAUACAUCCCGGAUCACGCGGCUUCGCUACCUUCGAUCCAGGAAGGGUCCGGGGCAUUUAUCAUCUCAAUUGUCGGCGUACUUAACACACUCGGCGUUGUCAUCGUCGGCUAUGUCGGCGAUAAACCCUGGAUAGACCCGAGCUUGCUCUAUGCCCUUUGCACUAUAGUAGCAGGUGCAAGUGUGGCCACAAUACCGCUGUUCAGCUCCUAUCUUCCGCUGGCUACGGCCUCAGCAAUUUACGGGUUCACGAUAUCUGCUAACUAUACGCUUGUACCAGAGAUUGUCGUCAACUUAAUAUCGCUCGACAACUUUACUGGCGCCUAUGGCCUUCUGCUGCUCAUCCAGGGCAUUGCUGGCCUCAUUGGACCGCCAAUCGCAGGAUGGCUCUAUGAUAUCAGCGGAUCUUAUAAUACGACCUUCUAUAUUAGCGGACUGAGCAUACUAGCUUCCGGUGUCCUGGUCAUUCCUGUGGCACAGACAUGGAAAUGCGCAUGUAAAACCGAGUCAGAAGAUGGCUGUGAAAGUGACCUCAAGGACAGUCAUAGUGAGCUUCGGGACCCAGAAACGCAAUCAUGCCUCGGGCGAAAACACGAAGUUCUAUCGACCGGACCUCCCCAAUCGUCGCGUUCGUCGUCAAUCGUAAUAAAUGGGGUCCCGCUCAAUACAUCGGUGAUCAUCAAAAACGGUGCCAAUGGCUACGCUACAGGCAUCUCCCCUUCACUUCGAAGUCCAGGCAGUCCCUCGAAGGCAAACCAAGUACGAUUUAGCUUGAGAAACGAUUACGAUAAUGAUGCCGAACUCCGAGCACCUCUAGCGACUCCGGACUCGCCUUAAGAUAGGCCAUGAGAAGGCUAUUUGUAGAAUACGACGAAAGUUCCCGCCUUUUGCGGCAAAAUACGCUUCCAGGAAAAUCCAGGUGCACGAUGUACUUAGUCCACGAAACGGCGGGGCAGAGCGUUGUCACAUCGACGAGAACUUGACAACGUUCUCAGUUUUAUUCUGUGAUAGAACAACACUACACUUUAAAAUAGACUAAUAUUAAAAUACAUAAAGGAAACGCUGACGGCGAUAAUAUAAUGCUAUUAACGAUGUAACUAAAAAAAACCUAUAAUCUAUAAAAGAGAGAGAGACAAAAAGUCUGUUUGUCCCACACGAAGUACGUGUGUAUGACGGUUGUUGUUAAAGGCAAUAUUCCGAGGAUGAAUACCGUCCUAAGAUAACUAUAAUUCCGACUAAAUAUCAAAACUAGUAAUGCACGAAGCAACAAAAUAUUGUAAACAACAAAAGACACCUAUAGAUGCAUGCAAACACACAUACAUAUAUAUGACAUAAAUAUAUCUACAAAUCAUACAACGGAGGGCGGAAAGACACCUAAACUCUAGUCUAAUUAUAAAAGUAACUAUACUGAAGGCGAAGAUAAAGGAGUAGAGAAACAUCUUAUUGGGCGGGAUGGGGGAUUCGGGGGCAUAAUGAUGUGACAGGAGCGGUAGGAUUCGUUUCGGUCGGGGAAGAAGAAUUGAGCGAGUGAGAAAAUCGGACAUGCAGAUGAAAAGCUAGGCGAUGGCGCUGAUGAUGAUGAUAACCACGAAGACGACAACAUUGAAUUGACGGUAUCGAUGUGAAAAUGAAAGUUAUAGUAAGUAAUGCUAGCACGCAGCUGAUGACGCCGUAGCAAUUUGAUAGUUGGCGUCCUGCCUUACAUAGUGCAGCAACGAGACGCAGCUUUGCAGCUAUCACAGGAUUGUUAUUGAUAUUCUUAACGAAAACGGCAAAGUGUCCUAGGUCGGUUCGUGAUAAUGGCACUUUCAUAUACGAUACGCCACAAUAACUUGUUUACUAAGCUUUGCAGAAACUUUGCUCUGCUAUAAGAUAACAGUGCUAAACUUAAUUUUUCCUUGCGAUUAUUGGCUAUGUUUAGUAUCAAAUUAGAGGAUCUGCUGCAUAGGUAAUGAAGAUUGGAACGAGCGUUUUUGUUGCAGCUUGUAUUACUAUGCCAAAAAUGGCUAUGCAAAUCUUACGUACAUGCAUACAAACCGUAUGUACUCUUGCACGCACCAGCUCAUUCCUGUUGCCAUCCUUUCCUCUUGUCAUAUUAUAGAUAUUAAACGUUGUGCUCAGAUCUAUUUCCGGGCCAUUGGGUAGCCUCUUCAAUAACUGUUUGAGUUCCGAAAUACGGAAGGAAGUACAGCGCCUGUGAAACUUCGCCCCGUCGUAAUGGAUGCGGCAAUUAACCCUACAGUCGUUAUGAUAAAAUGCUGUUCCGCAAAGCAUUGUAUUGUUGUGUAUUUAUAUUUGCUAUUUAUGUUCACGCCAUAUGUCAUUCUACUUAAAUAUGGAAACAAAACAGGUUUUCUGUGACAUAUGUCAUUAUGUUAUGUGCUUAGUUACCAGAAUGAUGGACUGUAGCCGUGAGUUUCUACAUCAACACGCACACACACACACACACACACACACACACACACACACACACUACACACACACACACCCACAGACAUAAAUAUACCUAUAAAAAGUAAGUUUGAUUUUAGCAAUUAAAUAACGUAAUUCUUCACUUAUUGAACACCGUGGCGUUUCUUCUACCGUCUUCUUGUCUUGCGUGUGAUUCCAUUGUAAGAGCAAUAUAUCUCUGCCUAAUAAUAGUGAUUGCAAUCGAUAACGAUAGAAAUAAUAAUGGUAAGCAUGACGUCCAAGCUUAAACUUGCUUCUCUAGAUAUUCAUUUAACAAAAGCUCUGUAGUCGAUGCCAAAUGUUAAUGCCUGGCUGGUUUGUACGAUUUCGAACGAAAGGAAAGCCUAGUUACUAGUAUUAACUAUUACAAGGCAAAUUGGUAAUCUUUCCUAUCAUUAUCGUUACGGCUAGAAGAAGAUGAUGAUGAGAAACAUGGCGGAAACAAAUUCAACAGUCACUUCUUGUAGCAUAGACAUAACAUGAUAUAAUGGUCUAUCUGAGAACACUGAGGUGAUCUGAGUGAACUGACACGUCUAGCCGAACCAUUUCACUACGCAAACGAUCGGCGACGAAAUGCAACAAAAAUUUUAAGGAUUGCACCAUCCACAAGCAGCUCAGAUGGAAGUUACAGUUAAAAUGGUUAACACCUACAAUACGAACAGGCAGCAAUUUACUUAGCAUAACUUAUAUGAACUACAACGAUCGACUGUAGAACGACCCUGCAUGGAACAACUUCAGUUAGCGACAUACAGAUAACUAUCAGCUACCUUCUAACAGUAUUAUUCAUUGACAAUUAUCUUAUCAAGUAUAGAAUAACGCAUAUAUGGCUUACGCAAUUUGAUUUCAACAGGAGGAAAUCAGGUUAGUCAGAGUGAUAAUAGGGAAUCAGUCUUCAUGGCAUGACCAUAUGUAUCAGGAACCGAUCGGGGAACACGAGGCAAGCCGAGCAGAACACGGCUAAACAUUUGAUUGCAACUUUCUCUCUCGUUCAUAAAUUCUUAUGUGUACUUAACUAGUAGUCACAAAUGUGACAUAGCUAACUAUGAGGCUUUCGCAUGAAUAACAUUUUUACUGGCGCCACCUAGCGGAGAAGCAAUUUUCCCAUUAUUAAUAGUACCUUGUUUGUUUCGUUUCACGUACCGCAAUAUAUCGUACGCCGACAACGGGGUUUAAUAAUAGUAGCAGUAGCAAUAGGCUGUACAUAUAUAUAAACGUAGCUCUCUUUAUUAAUGCGCUUUUCUUUAUUGUACAUACGCGUACUGUAUAGCGUUCAGACGACUCGCAUUUUGCGGUAUUAUAAUGGUCGCACUCGCUUAGGGCCCAGGAAGGGCACUUGAUCAUUCGACUAGCUGUGGCAUAGUGCUACGAGCGUAAUAUAAACACACAGUAAUCUAGCGAUUUUCUAUAUUUCGAGUUGAAAAGCAAAAAAAAAAAAAAAAAAAAGAUCAACAUCUUAUAUCACUAUUACUAUUUACGACAUUAGAAUACUUCUAGAAUACAUUAGAGUUAACGGUGCCGUGGCCGCUAAACACCAAAAAAAGUCCCACAGCUUAUUUUCGUCAGAUCUUAAGCUUGCAAUUACGUCAGCUGGGCACGUCUCGUCUCUGAGGCUCAUGUGUACGAGGCAGCGUAUAUUACUUAUUAUAUUCCCUUCUUUAUUGCUUCGGACCGCAGCCGUCAUUUCUGACAGAGGGAAAAUGCUAAUAACAUCAACUCUGGAUUGUUCGACUUGCUUUGUAAGCAUUUAUAAUGCUACGCCGCGCGCUUUACGCACAGCCAAUACGAACGUAAACUUUUAGUCUCUAUACAAUGGCCAUCGUAUCGGACAUACGCAAUCAGUAACAGUUCGCUACCUACAGCUCUUCAAUAUUAUUACGCCGAAUAUUCCAGAUAUAAGCUAAUAUCUCGCUCUAUUUGAACUAUACAGAUAUUUACGAGAUACUAUUAUUAUUGUACAUUAUUGCUAUCAUUAUUAUUACUUCUACAUGUAUAUAAAUAUUUCUAACACAGAAACACAUUGUAAUACGGCCUACAUUAGCAUGCCGAAUCGUCAUAUACCUUCGUAUGCAUCCCACAUGUACUGAGGACCGAACGCAAAAACUGAACGGAUAGGAUCGGAAGACAUGCAACAGACGUCUUUGUCCUGCGGCAUUAAGGAGAAAAUACUUGGUAUUCAUAUUAACUAUUCCGAUCUCAAAAGGCAGUUAUGCACAGAACACAGAAAUACAAUCGAACAAAUGAUCACGGAGUAUUUCGAUUUCUUGGUUCCCUAGAGUCUUCAAGGAUGAAGAGUCCAGUGUUGCUGGAUUGUUACUGUAGGAUGCAGUCACAUAGUUCUGGAUACUUGCUAAUGGACUGAUGCUUUAGAUAUAUGAUCAUAUUAGCUAAAAUACAAUAAACAUUAUACUGUUGUUAUCAAGGAAGGCGUCCUGUAUCCACAUGUGUUGCCUUUGCCAAAAAAAAGUAUGACAAAAUAAACUGUCUAAGAUCACGAAUCAUGUAGGAAUUGUUGAACUGUUGAUUUUUUAUUUUUAUCUAUUUCUUUUUUAUUCUAACUCUACUAGCUCAUGGGUUCGACAAAAGGUGCGCUGGUUGUAGUGGUCGAUUGAAACCGGUAUUUCAGGCACGUGUGAAUACGCGAAACAAAUCAAUUUACAAUCCUAGAUUCCUUCAACUGAGUGUUUAAAAAAAAAAAGACUGCAUUUUACUAAUAAUAGCUAUAAAACAAAUAAAGCGAUUCAUAUGCAGCUUCCAUUUAUUUGUAUACAUGCAGUCGAUAGAAAAUUCAAUAGUCAUACUGGGCCUGCUUUUCCUAGGCGACUGGUUUCAAAUAGUCAUACAUAGAAAUAUCAUAUAAGGGUUAAACAUGAAAUAAAAACAAUUUAGUAAAAAAAAUUAUUGACUGGACCUCUGCAUUCAUACCGGACAUAAAUAUCCAUGCCUAGAUCCAACUUCGAAAACCACAACCUGGUUAGAGGAACCGGUAAAGUUUUGAGAUUAUAUAUGCAUGUUAUUGCAAACUUAGCGUAAAAUCCUACUACUUUAUGGAUACGUUAUGUUCGGGUCAUGUCUGCCGUUUCAUCUGUUCAACACUGCGAGUUAGAGUUGGGCCAGAACAAGUUACCAAGUGUAAACGGUACCCAUCUAAGAACAUAUAUAUGAAGGGCUUUUGCGCAAAACGAAUUCCUGUUUAUUUUGGCUAACAUAAAGAUAAUAAUUUUUCUUUUUUUUUUUACGCGCAAAGUAAAUGAUGAAGCUUAGCUAGCUACUGAUUUUUUUUUUCAUUAUAAGAUUAAGUUUGGCAAAUUUCGCUUUUUGUAGUUUCUGCGAUAGUACCAAGUACUGACACAGAGCUACGCCCUUUUGCAGGAAAAGCCCCAGAGUUAGCCACUUUUGUUGUCUUUUUAAUUAUUCGUUCAAGUUACGUUACAGUUUCUUUGUGACUUAUUGUCAGACCGUACGGGGCAUCAAGGCUGCUUAGAAGCUACAUGUAGCUAGGACUGUGCUUUAGGCGACUUUGUACGGAACACCCUAUCCGCUUCCUCCUUUUGUUAGUUUCUAAAGUGUUCACAAUGUGAGUCCCUUCGUCAGCGGCCGCAAGAAGAUUCUGGAUUUUUUUAAUAACAUAAAAAUAACAAAAGCUUACUUGGACUUUUUUAGUCGAACUUGUUGUGCACACAUUUAUUUGGAAAAUGUUUUGUUCUUAACCUGUAUCUAGAAACACUUGUUAUGUUAGCAUACAGACAAGUGGUUACGUGUUAGACUGCCGUCGUGUGUUUAGGCAGUGCUUACGAGUAAAAAUUUGUGAAUAGAUUUUUCGGUAUAUUUACGUCAGAAUAGAACCGGCAGGGUUAAGUUCAAUCAAACUUGUUCAGUAAGAUGUAGACUAACUUUUGCCACUUCAAAACGAAAUUUCUACUACAGUCGACACAAAAGAGUAAAUAGGUAAUGAAAACGUGGGUCAUUCGAACAGCUUAACAAACUAAUUAACUAACCGAGAAAUCUGAAUUAGUCUAUUUGUAUGAAUAUCGUAUACAUGUCUGACACCGAGGUGCUUAGAUCACUACUAUUAUCCAGUGUCAGUUCAAAUUAUCUAGAAGCGAGAUUCCUGAGCGCGAAGAUACGGCCAUUGUAGCAAAACUUGAUUAUCACAGACGGAAAUAGGAAAACAAAACAAAGUGCGUGGAAGAAAUGCGUGCAGCCGCAUCGCGAGAACAGUCUGAAGCUAUGUACGCUCGUAGAGUGGCGGCAAAAAGAACCACGAUUUCAAACAUAUGAUGUGCUAAACAAAGGCAGGACCAGAACAGGGAAAAGCAUGCCAUUGUCAUCAUUAUUAUGACGAUGAUAACACCGAAAUGAUAAAGGAGCCACGACAAUUAUGGAGGCAUCUACGGAAUACCAGACGCCAAAAGAAAGAACGGGGCUACCUGACAAACAAGCAAUGGUCAGGGCUGAACUCUUCAUAACACAAGUUCAUACUGCUCUGGUAUUAACGAGCGGCUCCGCUAACAAGCUUUGCAUGGACAGUGAUCGAAAACCCGAAGCCGAAACACAUUUUUAGGUAAAUGGAGACGGCACAGAGUCGGUAAGAGACGACAUUGUUUUACCUCGUCGCUGUUACGUUCUUCUUCUUCUUCACAACGUUCCUCCUGCGUAUCGCUUCACAACGGCCUUGUCAUUCGUGUAAAGCUACCCCGUUUAAAUGCGUCGCGGGUCGCUGCAUUUUUUUGAAUUCGUAUAUAUUUUUAAUGACGAUUUGUCGACGAUGUAGACUUUCGAAGCUCUUUAUUAUGUCACGAUUCAGCUUUUCUUGAUUAUUACAAUCGUUCGUGCAAAUUUAAUUUUCCAUUUUCCGUUGAUUGUGCUCUAAGCUUUUACUUUAAGUUUGUAGUUGUUUUUGUUGUUCAUAGAUGUUACUAUCAGCGUCUGCUCCGUCAGACAUAUUUGCAUGACAAAAUCAACAGGGAGACAGCUCUGAACCGCCGAGGUUGCAAUAUGAUGUAUUGCAUUGUUCCAAUAAUAUGUCGGAACAUGAAAUGCGACGACGGAUGUCUUACGACAAAGCUGGAUUUUACGACUUCCUAUUACAGUUGUUGUGUGAUUUUACUAUGUGAUACAAUAAAUAUGCACUCUAUGUUGAUUCAGCGAGUAGGACCAGUGCCUUACUAUACCUAAUUGUAACGAAAAUUGAAACAUCUCGAAAACUUGUAUUCAACAGUAGGUGUAGUUUCGAAAGAUUAAUUAAUCUUUCUGACUGGAUAUUUGAAGAAAAUCAAUUACGAGGACAGUCGUUCAGAAAAUCUGCCAUUGGCAACGACAAGAUUCCCUAGCAGGAACAAUCGAUAUCAGAAAUGCGUGGUCAAAUACGACUAUUUGCGUAACCAGUUACUUCGAAAAAACGAGAAGACAGUAUAGCAUCUUCGUGCCGAAACCUUACCAGUCACAAUGGUAUUAUUCUGAAAGAGGCUCGAGGUUUCUUUUCCUAUGUGCUAGGCCGUCCACCAAAAAUCUCAAGAUACUAAAGACUGAUUUUCUUGCUUCCGAUUCAAGAGUCAUCGAUGAACAUCGUUAUUUGCGAACUAGAACUUUCAGUUAGCUAAACCAAUCACAGGACUGGUUCUAACAUGAUUUGUUAACAUCGAAUUGGAAGCUAUUAAAAAAAGUGCGGUGUUGCAGAUGACAUGCUAGCUUUAGUAACAUAUGGAUUUCUUCAAUAAAUUUCGAAUUAAUCAUAUCUAUGUAAAUAGUAAAAAUGUCCGACCCCAAAAGCGUAUAUAAAACAGCCGUAUAAGCUAAUUGUUGCCAGUCGACUCCGGGCUGAGAUUUGCGAAUGUAGCGUGUCCAGCUAUGUCGAUCUGCACGGGAUAAUGCAGCUUCGAGGAGGAGGCUCCGAUGAGGAGGCACUGGUCCAAGAGUGGCUCGUCUCCGAUCCAGCUGCAUAAUUCAGACGCUGCCGUGUCACCCCGCCAAGAAGAAAAGCGGGAUUGUGGUGGCCUGGUGCCGCUAGUAAUGUAUGAACAACACCAUGCGUUGACGUCAUCAAAUCCGGGAAGUCUUCCAGGAACAACACGGGAUAAAUAUACCUGUAUGGUGCGAGCGAUAAAUAAAUAACCACCUAUAGGGUCGAUAUAAAAAUCAA